CUCACAGUGUGUGUGUGUGUGUGUGUGUGUUGUCAUUAUUAUUAUCCAGUCUGCUCCCAGCAGCUCAGAAUGGCCAGAUUCACUCCGACUGAAACCAGAAGGCAGCAGCAGCAGCAGCAUCCCCAACAGCCCCAUCCAGCUCACACCAGCCUGUUUCUGACCGGACCGGGGGCACCACCGACCCAACCUCCACUACUACUCAUCCCGCACCAGCACCAGUACCCUCACACCCCAUUUUCUAAACCCAUGAACGGGUCAGAAUCCAUCUCCAUUCAUCCGGAGAGCGGCACCAUGAAAGACCAAGAUGCCAUAAAGCUGUUUAUCGGGCAAAUUCCACGGAACCUAGAGGAAAAAGAUCUUAAACCUCUGUUCGAACAGUUUGGGAAAAUCCACGAACUGACAGUUCUGAAGGACCGCUACACCGGCAUGCAUAAAGGCUGCGCGUUCCUCACCUACUGCGCCCGCGAGUCCGCCAUCAAGGCCCAGAACGCCCUCCACGAACAGAAGACACUGCCAGGGGUAAGGUAUCCGUAA